CCCUUCGGCCGUUGGCUGCGCGCCCUGGCGGCGAGGGCGCGCGUUUCCGCUUCCGGGUGGAAGGGCAGGCGGCUGCUAGGGGAGGCCCGGCCGCCGGCGCAGCCAUGGCGGGCAACCGCCUGCAGAAGAUAGGGAGCGUGUUCAGCCGGACCCGCGACCUGCUCCGCAUCGGGGUGAUCGAGAAGCCGCUGUGGUUCGAUGUCUACGUUGCCUUCCCCCCGCUGAGGGAGCCCGUCUACCGGGUGCCGCGGCCGCGCUACGGCAAGGUGAAGGAUGUCAUCCCGCCCAUCUUCUACCGGGAGGACGAAGUGCGAGCGAGAUUUUACAGAGUUUAUGGCAGUGGUCCGAGACCUAUCGACCUGUUGCAAUCAAACUACAAAUCUACUUGCCAGAGGUUUGUUGAGAAAUUCAAUGAGCUGAAGGAAGAAGGAAAAAUUGAAGAGGAAAAAUUAUUUGAAGAAACAGGAAAAGCCCUUUUAGCCAGUGGGAUAAUUUUACAGAGAAGAGGAACAGAUAAAGUAGUACAACAGGAUCAUCAGCAUGUUGAAACCAGGGAUUCUGCGUUACACCUACGGCUUCAAACUGUGUUGGAGGAGAUGCAGGAAAAGAAGAAAGACCAGGAGGAGCAGAUGCCAGAGCAGGCAGAAACACAGAAGGAGAAUCCCUUACCCUCCUGACAGCCAUGCUGUUGUUCUGUGACACCAAGCCGCAGCAUGUGCACUGGCUGUAGCAGUCACCUGCUCAGGAGCUGGCAAUUCUGCCUCCACAACCUGCUGGUGAUGAGACAUUUUCUUGGGGGGAAUAUGCCUCAGUUUUCCGGCUCUAGUGCCUUCCGUGAUCGUGUAUGUGGCAUGCGUUCUUAUUUUCUCAAAAAAUAAUUCUUUUUGAGGUUCAAAGCUGUUACUUCAGAUUGUGGGUUGGAAAAUACGAGUAUGAACGUGGACAAUUAAACAUUUUCUUUGAAAAUCGGAA